AGCCGUCAGUGUCUCAUUCCGCCACCGUCUAGCCUGCCGGGAGGGGGUUUAGUUUUCAGCUCCGCAAUAUUCAUUUUAUACGGAAACUUGACAGAAUUCGUAUUUAUAGCAAACAACGACGUUUUAUUUAUUUAAGUAAACGUAACAGUCUAGCUAACGUUAUUAAGUAAUUGUUAACUCAAAGCGGUAAACUUGUACAGGGAAGAUAAUUUAACGGUAACGCACAGCCGGUCGUGAGCUAACAAAGAAAAUCCUUUCUCUCCACAAAUAAUCCCCCACUAUUCUCUUUAGUUAUGAGUCAUGUGGUCGUUGAGAAUCCACACGGUCUAGAUCAGCAGCUUGCUGCCCUAGACUUGAACUCUGCUGACGGACAAGGCGGAGGAACCGGCAGGCGUUACAUUCCACCUCACUUAAGGAACAAGGAUGCUGCCAAAAAUGCAGGAAAUGCUUAUUCCACUGGUAGACAGUGCGGUUAUUCAGUGGCACCAGUAAAUCUCUUUUCUUCUAAGCAGUUCCCACAGCCAUGGCAAGCAGAGUGUCAGCAAAGACAGAGAAAUAACUAUACUUCAGGAUGGGAUGACUGUAAGAUUGGUUACCCAAGACUGGCCUCUCAAGAGCUUGCCUUUUACCAUGCCUACAGUGGGGGUUGGAGAGACAGCUGUGAUUCACCUGGAUGGGACAACGGACGCACCAAUGGAUUUGUGAAUGGUUACCAUGACAAUCGCACCAACGGGGGCUUUGGAGGGCGUGGACCCCCGCGCAACGAUAGAGGUGGGCGAGGCGCCUACCGUGGUAACAGGGGUGAAGGCUCGUUUAAUCAACCAUUGCAAAAUGCAGCAUUUGGAAACUAUGACAACAAAGAUGGGAACUGGGGAGGACCUCCCAGAGAUGCCGCUUUCAACAGCUUUGGGGGCCGCACAGACAGAUCUAAGCCUGCGUUCUUCAAUGAUCGUGGGGCAGGCUCCCGGGGAAGGUAUGACCGUGGGGGCUUUUCGAGUGGAGGAAACAGUCGUUGGGUGGAGGAAUCAAGAGAGGAUGACUGGUCCAAGCCCACUGCUCCCAAUGACCGCCUGGAACGUGAGCUUUUCUCUGGAAGCAACACUGGGAUAAACUUUGAGAAAUAUGAUGAUAUUCCUGUGGAAGCUACUGGCACAAACUCCCCAAAACACAUUGAAAGUUUCCAUGAUGUGGACAUGGGGGAGAUUAUCAUGGGGAACAUUACCUUGAGUCGCUACACUCGUCCAACUCCUGUCCAGAAGCAUGCCAUCCCCAUCAUCAAGUCCAAGAGAGACCUGAUGGCCUGCGCCCAGACUGGCUCUGGUAAGACUGCUGCAUUCUUGCUGCCAGUGUUGAGUCAGAUCUACACUGAUGGUCCAGGGGAUGCUCUGCAAGCUGCCAAGAACAGUGGACAGGAGAAUGGAAGGUAUGGCCGCCGUAAGCAGUACCCACUCUCCCUUGUUCUAGCCCCCACCAGAGAACUGGCCUUGCAGAUCUAUGAUGAGGCGAGGAAGUUUGCCUAUCGCUCACAUGUGCGUCCCUGUGUGGUGUACGGUGGAGCUGAUAUUGGCCAGCAGAUCAGAGACCUUGAGCGAGGAUGUCACCUGCUGGUGGCCACACCUGGACGUCUGGUUGAUAUGAUGGAGAGGGGCAAGAUUGGUCUGGACCACUGCAACUACUUGGUCCUGGAUGAAGCUGAUCGCAUGUUGGACAUGGGAUUUGAGCCACAGAUCAGGCGCAUUGUGGAGCAGGACACAAUGCCCCCGAAAGGAAUCCGUCAGACCAUGAUGUUCAGUGCCACCUUCCCUAAGGAAAUCCAGAUCCUGGCCCGUGACUUCCUGGAGGACUACAUCUUCCUGGCUGUGGGUCGUGUUGGUUCCACUUCAGAAAACAUCACACAAAAAGUCGUCUGGGUUGAGGAGAAUGACAAAAGGUCCUUUCUCCUAGAUCUGCUUAAUGCUACAGUAAUUCCCACUGAGAUUCAGGAAAAUGUGACAGAGGCUCCAGAGAAACCGGGUAAAGACUCAUUGACUCUGGUGUUCGUGGAGACCAAGAAAGGAGCUGAUGCUUUGGAAGACUUCCUGUACCGUGAGGGUUACGCUUGCACCAGCAUCCACGGCGAUCGCUCCCAGAGGGACCGAGAGGAGGCUCUGCAUCAGUUCCGCUCUGGGCGCUGCCCAAUCUUGGUGGCUACAGCUGUGGCUGCUAGAGGUCUGGACAUCAGCAAUGUGAAACAUGUCAUAAACUUUGACUUGCCCAGUGAUAUUGAGGAGUACGUUCACCGUAUUGGCCGUACGGGACGUGUGGGCAACCUCGGUCUGGCCACGUCGUUCUUUAACGACAAAAACAGCAACAUAACCAAAGAUUUGCUGGACAUCUUGGUGGAGGCCAAGCAGGAGGUUCCUUCCUGGCUGGAAAGUCUGGCUUACGAGCACCAGCACAAAAGCAGCAACCGUGGUCGCUCCAAGAGGUUCUCUGGUGGUUUUGGAGCUAGAGACUACCGUCAAACCCCUGGAUCGGGAAGCUUUAGCAACAAUCGUGCAGGGCGCAACACUGGAGGCCAUGGAGGAAACCGUGGCUUUGGGGGAGGUGGAUUUGGCGGCAACUUCUACAGCGCUGAUGGCUAUGGGGGAAACUACAACCACUCUGGUAGUGUGGAUUGGUGGGGCAACUAAACGCCAUAGGAUGAGGUUGCCAUGCCAACCAUACCCAAUGGAAACCACAUGUUAACUUAAGCCAGACCAUAACAACCCUCCCUGUGUAGCUUCACUGACACACAGUACAUUACCAACCUGGUUCUCUGCCGUUCGCUUCUCUCAAAAAGGAAGCGCCGCACGACGCAAAGGAAAGUCACCAGCACGUGCGACGCACAUGAGACCGCAGAGAGUCGCACGCCUCAGAGUGAGCAUGGAUGCUGACACGCAUUGUCCGACAGCAACCUCGGACUUUCAUUGUUAAAAGUAUUUUUGUUCUUUUUGUGGGGGGAGCCCGAUUGAAUAAUCUGAGGAUCACUUGUAUGUUAAUGUACUGUGCCUUUUUGAAUUUAACCAGGAAAUCUAUUUUCAUGUCACCAGAUGAAAAUGGCCAAGAGCUCUAAAUUUGUUUUUACUGUUUUGUUUGGUGACACUUAUUAGAAAGGUAAAAUAAGCUUGGACUUAAUCAAACCUUGGCAAAUACUGGGAUAUUGUGGCUCCCAGAGUCACGAUUCCAUUUGAACUUCAAAUUUAUUGCAGGAACAUCAUGUAGCCUUUUCUAGUCAAAACAGCUAAUGGAGCCAUUACUACAUCGAACACAAACUGGGCCACUUUAAUCCCAAGGGACGACGUUACAUUUGUUUUCUUUGGUUUUGCUCACUCUAUCCUGGACAGGCUCCUCAUUACGGUAGUCUUCAAAAUAGCCAUUCCUGUUGUGAUCUUAAACACAGAAGUCAUUAAGCUCAGUGCCAACAGUCGCUGAGGUUGAAAUGAGAAUAUUCAAUGCUGGAACUUGUUACUCCACAUUUUUAAAUUGACUUGACAGUGUUACGGCAGCUAGUAUGUUACCAAGUGCUAGCUACAUUAAGUGGGCGGUGUUUUUUACUUGAGACAUUUUUGGUGCAGGUGUGUGCAGAAUUGAAACCUAGUCGUUUUUUUUUUUUUUUUUUUUUUUUUUUUUCUCGUUUCUCUACAAAUAUGUAUCAAAACAAAAUGCCUGCCAUCUUGAAAGUGAAGUUCAAAAUGGCUGCAUAAAGGACCACAGCAUCGGGACGGCAGAGCGUGGUGUUGGUGUUUAUGGACUCGACCGGCAGCCGUGGGGCCAGUUGGUAUUCUACGUUUGCUAGUGUUUUGUUUUUUGGUCAAGGAGGAACGACGCGUGAACUGAGUCGCAGGCUUAACUUAAUUUACUACAGUUUUCUCUUUUCAAGCUGCGUUGGAGGCAGGUUCAUCUUUGAGAGACAGGCAUUCGAAUGAUCAGAGGUUUAUCGAUUAAACUGCAAUGAACAGAGCAGCAGCCGGACCUCCGGGUCUGGGAGCGGGCGUCGGCAUGGGGCAGUGUUCAGGGCACCGCCGCUGUCAGUGGCUUUGGUUUCUAUUGCUGUGCAGUGUAACUGGAGGUGACCACAGACCAAGUCACUUCCUGUAGGACAGAAGCACUGUCAGGUGCUGAGGUUCGUCUGUGCAGAUGCGUAUCUAGAGAAAUCUGUGGCUUUUCCUCUGAGGAGCAGCCAGCGAGAGGAGAGCAGGAGCGUUGGCUUCCAAGUGCUCCCAGGUCUCAUCGGGUGUGUUGUGCCUUCAAACCUUUUUUAAGAAAUUGAACUAUAAGCGGAUGCACUGACAGUGAGAACGUGCGAUUGAAUGGUGCUACUUGUUUUAGGUGUGUAGGCCCUUGUAUGUCGUGCCCAUCAAGUUUUACAAAAGUUCUUUUAUUGCACAUCUAGAGUUUUAUAUAGAUGUCUUGGAUAUGUGUCCUUAAGCUUCCAAAUAUUGUGAGGAGACUGUGGUGGGAAAACGCAGCUUGUUUACAAAGGGGAAGGGUUGUCAACGUUUGAACCAGGAUUUAUUUGGGACCAGGGGAUUUAGCAGUUGGGGGAAUUUAGCCAUUUGCACAGAUUUCUAGAUUCUACUUUUGCUGCUAGUUUUGUGUAAUUUAUUAAGCAUUUUUGACAAAUAUUUAUUUUUGUAAGCCUCAAAGUGAUUCUUUGAAAGUUUCAGACACUUGACCAAAAGACAGUACAAAAAACACUGGCACUUGAAUGUUGAAUGUCACCUGUAUGCGUGAAAUUUAUAUAUUUCAGGGUAGUGUGAGCUUUUAAUGUUUAAGAUGCAUUGGACUCAGUCGGUAAUAUCCACAGCUGUUUCGGGGCCUCCUCUGGCCCAGUAAUCUUUGUUAGAUUAUACCAAUUGGUCAGCAAAAUUUGAAAUGAACAAACAUGCCAAGGUUUGGAAUAAAGCAAAUCAGUUUCCUAAGCAUAUCAGUGCAGAAGUGUUCAGAUUCUCCAAAUGUGUGCAUUAUCGAUUCUUUACUCUAAUUUGACCAGAAUUCUUUUCUCCAGUGAAUGUCUGGCACAUGGCAAUCCUUAAAGAAACAAACAUGUGGUUUAUUCUCAUUGUUGUAUUUGCAUAUAUGACUCCUGGGUUCCCUGUGCACGUGGAGCAGGUCUGCAGUACUGAAGGUUCUGUGCCAAGUAGAACCGGAGACUUGUUCCUUGUUCCAGGGAACCCCAGAGCUCUUUAGAUGUAGACUUUGCUUUCUGUAUUAGCUUAGAAGCUCCUGCACUGCAUGGGAAAUACUCAGCUGUGCAACUGUAUGAUUUUACCAAAAUAAAAUGUUUGAAUGCAAAAGUAUCUGAAAAUCAAGCAUGUUUCAUGAAGACUUGUUUACUGUAGUUGUUGAGCGAUGACUUGUAGCAGAGCAGCCUGACGGCCUGGGUCCAUGUGGGCCAACGGGCUGCACAACUGGAUUUGGUAGAUUGGCCAGGUUUUCUGUUGGAGAGAUAAAGUUUUCAUUUGGAAGUUCAA